GACUCGAAACGCAUUUUGUGUUCAUUUUAUCGUUCGUCAGCCCGUGAGACGAUGAGGGGCGAUCGUCCGUGGUUCUUGGAGUGGAGCGCACCAGCAGCUGAGCGACGAGCGUUCGUGGCGUGUUUCUUCGACUAAAUUCCACAUGUACAUUCGGAUUCGCUGCGUCUCUACGGUGGGCAGCAAAUGGAGCCGGCAGCCAAGAGCUCUUACGAACUACAGGUGUUGAUGAACAUGCGAAGAUCUUGCGCCCUUGACGACUUGUGUAGUUACCCUUGAGAGAAAGAAGAGCCAGGGUGUCAAGAUACAAUCUUCUAAGUACGGCGGCCAAGAAGUGAGGAACAGAAUGCAGGUUCCCUCCGGGCCAGGCAAGUCACUUUCGCCGCCCAUGCUGCAGGUUCCGGGCGAGAACGGGCCGAACCCCUUUGGGCAGUUUCGGCUCGGGAACCCAGCGGCACCGCCCGCGGGUCCGGCCCCGGUGGACCGGCAAAGAGCCCUGGCCAUGCAGCAGCAAUCGCAAAACCUCGCAGCCGUGAUGUCGGGCGGCGGCGGCAGUGCCGCUAGCACAGCGGCAUUUGUCAGUCACCACCAACCCCAGAUGGUGCAGCACCUACCGCACACAGCCGGGGCGGUUUUGCAGCAUCCGUCCGCCGCUGCCGCACAGCUCGCAGGUGCGGCUAACGGCGCAACAGUACUUAUUUCUUCUUCUUGUCUCCUUCACGGCCGCCGGCGCUGACUUUGAAUUGAUGAUGGCGCAGGAUAGUGAUAAUCCCGUCUUAAUUCCAAUUGAUUUGCAAAUGAAUGAAAAUCGGCUGAAAAUAUGUGAACAAAUUGAGAUUUUGAGUGCAAACAAACUCUACGUUUACGUACAGGUCCUCGCAGCCACGAAGCAGCAUGGGUGGCGGCAGCUUACGGACGGUUUGCGAGAACUCCUGCAGCAGAAGAUCGGCUUUCACACCCAGAUGCAGAGUUUCGCGCAGGCCUCGGCUGACGAGCUACAAAAAAAUGCCACGACGCUAGACAAACUGGAGUCCAUGCUAGUCCAGUUACAAAACGCACCACCGCCGACCGUCAGUGCUCCAGCUGGAGCGGUUUCGCAGCAAAAGGUAAAAAUGUGUGGAUGAAUGUUUCUGAAGUUGUGCAUGAAAGUGCUUUCACCAGAAUGAGCUUCUGUUUGAAGCCCAUUAUCCCGUACAACUGCUUUGUUCUGGGCUUGCGUGUGCCUUUUCCAAACAUGAUUUUCACGUGGAAACAGGUUGUCGCGGCUACAGGGCAAGUGCCUCCAUUUUUUUGGCAACCGAGCCACGACUACGAGAACGAAUUUGCUGUGUCGGGAGACAAUCUAGAGGUGGUGACAAAGGUUCGAGAUUUUGAAGAUCGAGGGUGGGUCAUUCCGGUAUUUGCGCUUUUGUGAGCGUCGUGGUCGUGUUUGCCUUUGCAUAGUCGUAGCCUGUGCUUGGAGAUAAACUCUGUCGCGCUCUUUCGUUUUUUUUUCAGAUGUGAACUUUUGAUGUGUAGUAGUACUAGUCUCCUCGAACACAAGACAGCCAACACUUGCAGGUCGCGGGUAGUCUGCGCAUGGUCCGGGGUGCGAUCUACCGGUGGUCAAUGUGCAUUUCGAAGAAGUGCCAGCACCGACCACAAAUGCAGUUCGGCAUCCACGGAGAGAACCACGAGAAGCCGUGGCGGCUGGUAACCACUAGUAGGUGCUCGCGUUCGAGGGACGAUGACCCGUGGCAAGAUCGCCCCGCGGGGGACAGGCUGAUAGGUAUAAACUGUUUGUGUUGUUGUAUUGAACGCCAGCUUGCUGCCAUAAGCAUAACAACGAAUUUUCGCCAUGCAUUUGUUUCCUGUACCUGUAGUACAGCAAAGACAGACGCCGAUACAAAUAAUUGGAAGAAAUUUCGCAAAAUUUUCACAGAGGAAGGCGACUACAUCCACGUUGUCGUUGACUUGCGUGGGUUCGAUAGCGAGUUCGGUACUUUCUCUUAUGCGGUGAACGAUGGGCCAAUGGAGAUGGUGUUUGAAGAUUUGCCCCUUUUGACUCCAGACGGCAAACUUGUGUCCCUCAUGCCGGUUGUGUCCAUGGGCGGCGACCAGUGCGCAGUGAAACUCAGCGCAUCUGCCUUCGGCUCAGCAAGUGCUGCUGGAACCACGACUGCAAAUGGUGGACCUGCGGACAGUGGUGCUGUCGGGAGCGCCGGAGGUGCGGCGAAGGGAGGAAAGAGUGGGAAAUAAGUUUGAGGCUUCUGACGAAUUCAUCGAGCGCGUUUCUGUAGUGUCUAAACAAUCAAUCAGCAAAAAACGUGACCUAAUAAACCCAAUAGACUAAUAUUUCAGCGAUACAGGAUUUGUGUGUUGGUCAAACAACUCGCUGUUCCUCUUGUACAAAACUACUUACCAGGUAUUGACCAACCACCUGUCAUCGCAUGAUUUUUCAGAAACAAAUUUGAUAAUAUGUUACGAGAAAACAAGUAGAUCUGCUUCUGCAGAAUAUCCUGCGUGUAAGGUAAAAUAUAGUUGGGUUUUGCAAGCACAAAAAGCUGCACAGAAUAACAUCCAGAAAAUCAAGAUUCAAGAUUGCGACCCCUUUGUACAGAUUUUAGCUUGUUUUUUACCCUUUCGUCCGCACAAUAAACCCGUCCUAAAAACACGUAGACCCUCGACGCAGCACAAGUUUCAAGUAGCUUCAACAUUCCCACACCAUGCGC